CUUUUAUCGUUUUCUUUAAGAAUUCGUUCCACGGUAUCCCAACACCUAUUUAUUUUGCGCGCGCAUCAUUUCUGUGGUCCUCACGUGUCUACAGCAUCACUUGUCCACCCCAGGCGCGAAUUAACUCCAGGCACCAGCCCUCACUUUGGGACAAGGUUCUCUUUCCCUACGAAAAGCGUGUUCUUGACUUUGAUCAGCAUUGGUUACAAGUCCACGCGCCGGCUGAUCGCGCAAUCGAAAGAACAUCACAGAACUGAUCGUACACAAUCGAAUCAAAAUAUUGACUGUCGACCUCCGGCAACGCGCACCCCUCGACGACGUGUUGAAAAACCACAAUUUCACUCACUUUGACCUUCUUGCAGGAGAACUCUCGGCAAUCCAGUUGUAGACGAGCCAUUGCCCGCUAAAGGCGCCGGGUCUCAUUUCGAGAUCGCGGCGUGGAACGAUAAGCUGCAGGUCAGCUGGGCAAGUGGGUGUGGCUGUUUGGUCAUUCUUUGGCGUGCAAAGCGACCAAGGACGAAACACUAGCCUCCUCUCCUUCUCCGUCCCCGUCAUCGACUUGGAGCGUAUUUUGUGUGGCAUCACACAGAAGAGCCCAGUGUGUCAAAUCAUCAAUCAUCCACGAAUUCGGCUCCUCCCCACUCCGCCUGGACCACGCCCAGUUCCACCCGCAACCACGUGAUGUUGCAUUACCUAAUCUCAUCACAUGUCUUCACGAUAUCCUCCUCCCGCUAGAGACCGCUCUCCUCCACGGUACGAUCGACGCCCAUCAGCCACGUAUGGCUCGUUAGGCUCUUCUUAUCGAGGACAGGCCGACCCUGCACCACUUCCAUCUGAUCGACUGCCUCCCCGUGGACCCAAAGCCGAUUUUCGGGGUGGUGGGUUUUCCGGGUUCGCUCCUGCUGGCCGUGGACGCGGUGGCUUUCCUGCUCGUGCAGGAGAGACCUGGGAUAGAGACCGUGACAGGGACCGAGAGAGAGAACGCGAGCGAGAUCGUGAGAGUCGCCCAGGCCCGCAGUCGUACCGAGCGCGCGAAGAUGACCGGCUGGACUGGCCUCGGCGUGAUCGUGAAUUUGGCGCCGCGGAUCGAGGAAGGGAUGCGAGGCCUUACGUAGGCAGAGAUCGCUCUGCUUCGCCUCUUCGCGGGCGUCGGGACUCCCGGGAAUCUCUCCCAUCCACUUUUGGCAGAUCAUCGGAUACUGCCUCGUCCUACUACCCUCCCGCAACACGUGGAGGCUUGGGCAGGGGUAGAGGUAGGGGAGACUGGGACCGGACGAGAGGUAGAACUUCCUUCGUUGGCGAGCGGGAGCGAGAUCUGUUUCCACCAAGAAGUCGAUCAAGAGAGAGUUGGAGAGAGCGCGACCGCGAUUUCGAUCGCGGUCGCGCUCCCGUCUCUGAGGCGGACCGGGGCGAGCGACGACACUAUGAUCGAAGCAGAGAGCGAGACGGCAGAGCUCGUGACCGCGACCUUGAUCUACGGCCCAGAGAGCUAUCCCCCGCGAAAACUUCUACGUCCGAUGCUGGCAUCAUCGCAAAGCCUCCCUCGAGUGCCAUUCCUGAUCGGCCAACCAAGCCAGAAUUUGACAAUGGCAAGCGAUCCAGCGUCCCGGCGACUCCUACUGGCGCACUGCGCGAUGGGCGACGUGAGGGAGAACAGACAGACUACUUUGGAUCCCGCACUGAAAACACACGCCGUGAUCCUCCCAACGGCACGCCGCAACCAGCCACAGCAGGUGGGCUUGACUAUGGACCUCCUCCUUCUAUUCCUCCUGCUACUACGUCCCCGAUCGAGAAGCCCGCCCCGCUACGGCCCCAAGCUCUCAGGACUGAAUCCAUUCCUACUACUUCGCCCAAUUUCCAGCCGCCUAGCGGUCCGAAGGCUACCAGGACAUCCAUGCCCACUAAUACCCCGGUCGCGAAGACAACGCAACCUCAGGAAGCCUGGCAACGCUCUGCUCGAGCGUCUCAGACUCCCAAAACACACACUCCUAUCGAGGUACCUCCCAAGAAAGAAGAGGCGGUCCACGAGCAAAAACCUCCAACUGCCCCUGCUGCAGAUCGCCAGAUGCCACCCAACGUGCCAUCAGGUCCAAGACUUGGGAAUGCGCCUCUCUACAAGCAACGAAUGACAUCGACGGAACCUGCACCUUCUGUCCAGCCACCGAAUGCACCAAGGGAAGCUACGAAGUCAACAGCCUUCGACGCGAGGUCUGUGGUGAUCCCAACUGGGCCACGACUCGACCGGGAAACAUCUCGGCCGCUAGCUGGGAUCGUGUCUGGGUCCUCACGCCAUGAACGUGAAUUGUCCCGACCGUUGCCUGGUCCAGGGUUGAACGCUCCACGGCCUGACCGAGAUACAACCCGCCCACUUCCAUCGAAUGGUUCGAACACAUGGAUGUCACCAGAUUAUAAGUCGAAGCCAUCCAUUAUGAACGCCUUGAACAAACCGCAUGCGCCAGACAUUCGGGAUCGACAGACAUUCACGCCCGCGGGCUCAAGACAAACUUCCGCCUUUCACAGCCCUCCCGAGAACAGCCGGUCACUACAUGAGUCUCAUUAUGAUAGUCCCAGUUCGAUUCCCGUGGGACCCAAGGCAAUGUCAACAAGCCCAAGAGUUCCAGAAAGCAAAACCUUAGUGUCCCAGCUCAAGCGAUCUAUCGAAGAGUCAGAAGACACAGAAAUGUCAACUCCAGCCUCUAGUGAGGAUGAAGACGAGGUGGAAGAUGAUUCUUUCGACGAGGACUACUUUGCAGAAUCUGAGGAGAGGCACAAGAAAGAAAUGGAGUUGCUUGAGUUAAGAAAACCUCCUUCCACAUUCGAAGACCCAUAUAUUGUGUCUUUACUUGUCCGAUUGCAAUUCCUCGAGAUGGCCCUGCAAGACAGCUCUGGGCGACCCAUUGGGCCUGUCCCGGUCACUAAAGAAGAGCCCACAACUGUAGUGACGCUUCCCACAGGCCUACCCUCUCCCGAUCGAGGCUCGCAAGAUGUUGACAAUAAGCUAUUGGAAGAUGGUGGAGACGAGGGCGAGGCACAAGAGUUAUCUCAUCCAAAGGGAAGACCUCUCAGACAGCCCCCUGUCAACCCCAUUCCUACUCCACCCAUCGAGGAAUUGCCUUAUCGUAAGCUCGAUGGGCCGGAAAGAUUAGUUUUCGAAGAUUCUGACAACGAGGUCGAACAUGAAGCGGUCGCCACCCUCCUCCAGCAAGAAUUUGAACGCAGUGCCUGGGAUUGGAGAAGCGACCUUGAAGACAUGCACGCAGAGUUCAGACGACGGUAUCCUGUAUGGAAACAUGAGGUCAUGUCACUAGAUCACGAGAGGCGCGAGCUGCAAUCCAGUCCAGCCCCUGCAUCUCCCGCACCGUCUGCUGCACCUUCAGUUACUCCGUCUUUGACACACGAACGGACUCGAGGGGCUAGGAAUACUACCGAGGCAGACUUGCAAGCUGCUAUUUUGAUGUCACAACAGUCUCUCAGGGAGGAAGAGGAGAGACGAGAACGUGAAGCUGCCUCCAGUUCUUUACCCAACUUUGAUCUUGAAGCCGUGGUGCCUCCAAUGCUGAAGCCUGCGGACGUGGAGUUGAUGAUUUUUAAAGACACUAAUCGCAGGGUCCCAUUCGACUUGGCGCUGGACAUCUUCGCCUAUAUACCUCCAGAAGAUGACUUUACUGAAGAGGAGCAAGAUCUAUUCAUUCAGGCAUAUUGCUUGAAUCCCAAGAAAUGGGGCAAGAUCGCCGAGUCGAUCCCUGGCAGGACAUAUCAGGAUUGUAUCAUUCACUACUAUUUGACCAAGAUUCAGACUCGCUAUAAGGACCUCUGGCGACGUGCUCAGCCCAGACGAAAGAGGGGGAGGGCGGCUGCAACCAAGCCACGAUCGACGGCGCUAAUGUCUGAACUCGUUUAUGGAGAGGACGGAGAUCCAGCACCAGUGGCCGUCACUGACAGUGGCAGACCAAGACGAGCCGCUGCUCCUACCUUUGGUGAUGCUGCCAGCGAAGCUGACUCUUCGACGCCGGCACCUCAGUCGAAGAAGCUCACUGGCGCCCUGAAAGAUGGAAGUGCGGAGCCAUCGACAGCGAAAUCUACCCGAGGUCGCAAGGCUGGGACUGCUACUAAGGUCCGCCGCACAAAGGCUCAGAUUCAAGCAGAGCAACAGGCCCUCCUUUUGCAGCAGCAAGAAGCAUCGCUUGAUAAGCCUGCCUCUACGGGAAAGGCUGAACGAGGCCGAACCCUUGUACGAACUGAGAACAUUCCCAUUAGGAGUGAUCUCCCGUCUCUCGAACAGGCCCAACGUCCCAUUGAUAUGUCGUUACCUCCGUACCCAACAAUGGACCCGUCGCUUGCAGCUCAGGCCAUUACAAACUCUGCAACGGCAUCUCAUACAAGCUAUUGGUCGGUUCCUGAGCAACACAAAUUCCCGGAAUUACUCAAGUACUACGGUCGUGAUUUUGCCGCGAUUGCAGACUUCAUGAAGACGAAGAGUCAGACCAUGAUCAAGAACUACUUUGUACGCCAGCUCAGCGAUCCCAGGAAUGAAUUCGACAGGUUUGCUCAAAUGGGCGAUCAAGCUCGAUUAGAAGGCAAGAUACCAGACCAGCCCCCCAGCCCCAUCGCCCCCGCGAAACGCCGCUACGACCCUCUACCAACGGCGCCAUCGAUUUCUCGACUUACUCCUCAGGUGGAGCAGGUGGUAGUCGAUGCAGAUGCCACUGCCCCUUCCAUUAAGCCCGGAGUAUUUGAGGAAUUUCCACGCAGCACGGUCGAGCGAAGUGUAUGUGGUGAGACAAUUUCCAAGCCCCGAACAGUGGUACAAGACUUGGUUCGUGAAACCGUGACUGGGUCGAGUUCUGCGAAAAGCAUGGAGCACUCUAGAUUAUCCAAUGAUCGCAGCAACUUGUACGGACAAAAGCCACUGCAUGGCCCUAGAACAGGAAUUUUCCAGGAAGAAUCGUUCGGGUUUCAGCCAACUCGCCAAAACGUGCGCCUGGCCCUUGACGAACGUUCACCUCAAUUACUUCCACAGCACUCGGUCUCUGACGUACCUCGAUCUAAUAUCAAUCACACCUCUUCGACGCCCACACUGACGCAAGAGAUGCUCAGCCACAGAGAAAGAGAUGUCAUCGCUCAGCAAGCCCAGCUACAGAUUUCAGGGAUGCCCAUUUCCCGAGCUCCUAGUUCUCAGGCCGACAAAUACGACAAACAAUCUGCCUUUCGGCCAGCUCAUAGCCGGAAUACCAGCUUGACUAUUCCCAGUGCAGCCUCUUUGGAGCAUGCGCAAGACCUUGCAUCACUACGUCGAGCUGAGAUACAACGUCCAAUCUACAGUGCAAGCGCAACAAUAUCUCCAGCACCUACUACGGUGAUUCCUGCAGUGCCCCAACCACCAAGGUCUGAGAUUCCUCAAUCUACGCGCCCUCCCCCAGUCGCAGAAGCACCAAAGCCGCCUGCCAAGCGGUCCAAUUUGUUUGGUCUCCUCAAUGACGAUCCAGCUGAUCCGCCUCCCAAACGGCCUUCUUUGGAACCUCCCAAGCGACAAGCAAUCAUGUCUCCUCAGAUCACACCAGGCUCUGUGCACCAGCCCCCUGUGCAGCAAUCGCGUAAUCAAACCCUCUCCGAGGACGACACGGCGGUAAGAGGUGGAAGUGGUAGAGGCUUGUAUGGCUUGGGUGGAGGAUUCCAAGCAGCAUCUGGUCAACCAGCCCCUCAAGAAUACCCAGCUGGCUUUUCAGCGACACCCGCUAAAGAUCCCAACGAUCCCUGGAUGGCUCGGUUUGAUCCAAGGAACCAAAGCACUCCUAAUGAACAACAACGGAUACACCAUCAGUCUCCUGUGCCAAGUCCGUAUUCUGUAGUGCCUCCAGUCUCACAGACUGCCAACGGCUCCUCUCUCAACCCGUUGCGCGCGGAAACCCCUCGGGCAAUGGACCGUGGCGGUCUCGAUCAUCGGCGAACGUUGUUAAGUGGUAUGGGUCAAAUACCACAUGCUCCUUCGCCCCCACCUCAACAAUUAGGACCGGGUGGAGUGCCUCCGUAUCGCUCUGCCUCGGGCGGGUCUCACACACGAGGCGGGUCGAUGGGUUAUGCCGCAGGGCCAGCACCUGGCCAAAUCAAUCAACAACAGGCACCACCGAGCCAUCCCCCGUCGGCAAGCACAACACCUGUGCCGACUCUGCAUCACCGUGCUCAAUCGUCACUGGAUUACAAUCAACCUCGACUUACCAUUCAGCAGCAUCUCGCCCAGCAGAAGCAGCAAGAGCAGCAGCAACAUCAACAGCAACACCGAGAACACGAGAGACAGAUGCAGCGACAGCGGGAGAUAGAUUUUGUCCAACGCGACCGUGAACGUGAGAGAGAACAACAGCAGCAACACUUGCUCCGGCGAGAUCCAUACAUAGUUGAGCACCAUCCACCGACAAUGGUUUCUCGUCAGAAUCAACUAGGCACGGCAGCAAACCAGAAUCAUAUCGCCUUUGGGCAGCGAGAAAUCCCUCGAACUUUUACACCACCUCACUCACACACACAUGGACAAUCUCCGUACGCAAGUUCAGCGCCUCUUAGCCAUCCGCAUGGCUUACCACACCAGUCCCAGCACCCUCACCAACACCAACACCCGCACCAACAUCAGCAUCAACACCAGCAUCAGGGACCACCACCACCAAAUCAAACACAGGGUACCGGCCAGCCUCCACCGCACCAGAUGCAUCAUCAUGUCCACCAACCUCAACCUUCACACGUCCUCCACCCAGGAGCUGCUGGCCACUUCAGAGGCCUCAGCCAAGGAGGAGAUCCGAGACGUGAUGAGAGACGUUGACCAUGAAGUGGAAAUUUGUUCGAAUUGUUGCAAUUGUCCUAUAUUACUCCACUAAUGUUUGAUUUUAUACUCACAUUUGUAUCACCUAUGUAGAAUUGUAGUCUGCUCCGCAUGGGAGGCGCAGGAAUGGGAUCUUUUAUGCUCGGAUAUUGCUUGGGUUUGAACAGCAUCGAGAUACGAUGAGUUCCUACGGGACCUUUCAUCUGUGGCAAUAGUAAAGGACAUUGAGGAUUCAAGGUGUACAGGGCAAAGAGGUACUUAGCAGAAGGCUCUGGCCAAAUACAGUAUGCGUAUUCUUUCCCAUUCUACCUCAGGGUACUUUAUCUACCUCUCUCGUGAGUGGGCAAUGAUCAAUUGUGAUGCCUG